AUGACAACUCAAGAAAUUAAUGUCGAUGUGCUCGUCAUCGGGGCCGGCCCAACUGGUCUGGGAGCAGCCAAGCGUCUUCAACAUCUGAACAGUGUCGACUGGCUCAUCGUUGACUCCAACGAGACACCCGGUGGUCUGGCGUCCACCGACACAACCCCCGAGGGCUUCCUCUUCGAUGUUGGAGGCCAUGUCAUCUUCUCCCACUACAAGUACUUCGACGAUGUUAUCGACGAAGCUCUUCCCAAAUCUGAUGAUUGGUAUGAGCACCAGCGUAUCUCUUAUGUCCGCUACCAAGGUCUUUGGGUCCCAUAUUCUUUCCAGAACAACAUCGCAGUCCUGCCCAAAGAGGAGCAGGCCCGUUGUCUUGGAGAUCUCAUCGACGCAGCCAUUCAAGCCCGCGCGCGUUCACCAUCUGACAAACCAGCCAACUUUGACGAGUGGAACAUUCGCAACGUUGGCGAGAGGCUGAAUGAGAUUUUUAUGCGUCCUUAUAACUUCAAGGUCUGGGCCAUUCCUACAACCAAGAUGAACUCUACUUGGGUUGGGGAACGUGUAGCUGCGCCUAAUGUUAAGCUUGUGACUACCAACGCUAUUCUGGGUAAGGCAGCCGGUGGUUGGGGGCCUAAUGCAACAUUCCGCUUCCCGGCUCGUGGGGGUACGGGAGGAAUCUGGACUGCUGUUGCUGAUACUCUUGACCAAAGCAAGACUCGUUUUGGAGAUCAUGGAGCAGUCACAAAGAUUGAAGCUGAUUCUAAGACGGUUUAUCUGAAAGAUGGAACCACAGUCAAGUAUGGUGCCCUCAUCUCGACCAUGGCUGUCGAUCAGCUCGCAAAAGCUCUGGAUGAUGCCAGACUUCAAAAUUCACUCAAGCCACUUUACUACUCGUCCACCAAUGUGAUUGGUGUCGGCAUUCGUGGAAAGCGGCCCGAUCGUAUUGGUGAUAAGUGCUGGCUCUAUUUCCCCGAAGACAACGCCCCGUUCUACCGAGCUACCAUCUUCUCCAACUAUUCCCCGUAUAACCAACCCAGCGAAGAUGUUAAACUCGCCACGAAGCAGCUUGCCAAUGGUGGCAAGCCUGCUUCAUCGGAGCCAGCUUCUGGUCCAUACUGGUCAAUCAUGCUCGAAGUCUCAGAAUCUUCGUAUAAACCCGUUAACCAAGCGACUUUGCUCGAAGAGAGUAUCCAAGGUUUGAUCAACACGGACUUACUCAACCCCGAGGAUGAGAUUGUCAGCACGUAUGUUCGCCGAUUCGAUCACGGAUAUCCAACCCCCACUCUUGAACGCGACGCUGCUCUCUCUGAAGCUUUGCCUUAUCUAUAUGACAAGGAUAUCCUGUCGCGAGGUCGAUUUGGAGCUUGGAAGUAUGAGGUUGGCAAUCAGGACCAUAGUUUCAUGCAAGGUGUCGAGGCUGUUGACAAUAUUAUCUCUGGCGGUCUGGAAUUGACUCUCUCGAACCCCGAUUUUGUCAACUCUCGGAAGAAUACUGAGCGUCGUCUGGCUGGUAUCAAGGGUGCUCGGAAGUAG